CAUACCGGCACUCGGCUACAGAUUUUCGGAUGUGUUCAACGAAAUUUCAGUUUAUUAAAAAUUCAAGUCUGGAAACAGUAAAAAUAAAUAUAAAUUUUAGUGUGAAUUAAUUCAAUUAAAUUGAUUGGCGGCCUGUUAAUAUAGGAAAUAUGUCACACAAGAAAAUUCUGUUUGUCUGCAUGGGCAACAUUUGCAGCUCGCCCAUGGCGGAGGCCAUCAUGCAGAGCCUGAUGGUCAAGACGAGCAUCUACUGGGAGGUGGACAGUGCGGGGCUGCGCUCCUGGAACAUCGGCCGCCGGCCCCACAAUCGUUGCCUGCGAACGCUGCGCGAGCAUGGACUGCGCUCGGAUCAUUUCUGUCGUCAGUUUACUGUGCAGGACUUUCGUUACUUUGACUACAUUGUGGCCAUGGACGAGGCGGUGUACAAGGAGCUGCUGCUCUGGUCCAAUCUCUAUCGCUCCACCAAGCAGUGCCUGGUGGUGCUGCUGAGCUCGUUCGGCGAGGACGGCAAGCCGGGCAACAUCAACGAACUGUCACCGACGUACAAGCUGAGAAGCUUUCGGACUGCCUACUACCAAAUCAAGGACUGCUGCAAGUACUUCAUACUCAGCCAAAAGAUAAGCAUUGUGCAGUACACGCUGCCCAGCUCCGAGGACGACUACGCCUACCCGGAGGACGAGCCCGUCAAGUCCAUGGACACCUAUGGCGUUGGCAAAAGGACUCAGCACAUUCCUGACCUAAGUCCGAACCAGAAGCAGUCGCGGAUGAUGUCGGAGACCUUCGAACUGGCCACCAACGCCUUCUUGACGGGCGUCUGCACGAAGAUCUUGUCACCGCCCAUGCCCAAGUACCGCGACACCACAUCCAGCUGCCGCCAAAGGAAACUGUGUCUCGUCUGUGGCAAGAAAUUUUUGGACUCGCUCUAAAACGUAAUUGGAAACAUUGAUUGUGCCCCCGACAGCGUUGCCGUGUUGCAGGUGUAGAACCUUGAAAAUAAUAAU